AUGCGGAACUUCGUCGCUCUUGUCACCGUUGCCCUCGCGUCUAACGCUGCGGCUAGAACGUUCACGGUCUUCAACCAGUGCCCUUUCACCAUAUGGCCUGCUAUCUUCACAGACCUCAAUGUGGGCUCGGCCAUCCCGAACCACCCUACUGGAUGGCAGCAGAAUGCGUUCCAGUCAGUUAGCUUUUCCGUCCCCAACAAUUGGAGGGCCGGUCGUAUUUGGGCUCGUCGUGACUGCAACUUUAACACGCCGAACCCGGGCCCUAACUCCUGCCUCGACGGAGGAUGCAACGGCGGACUCGUUUGUGACCCGCACACUGGCACGGGUGUCCCUCCCGCGACCGUUGCAGAGUUCACGCUGGCUCCAAACGGCGGUCCUGACAGCUAUGACGUUUCUCUCGUCGACGGUUAUAACUUGCCUCUGAGGAUCACCAACAACAAGGGCUGCCCCGUUGCCGACUGCCCUGUCGACCUUGGCCCCAACUGCCCAUCCCAACUCAAAGGACCCUUCGAUUCGACCGGUUUCCCCGUUGGCUGCAAGUCCGCAUGCUUCGCCGGGCUUGGCGACCCCGUGAACAACCCGAACUGCUGCACGGGUUCGCACAACACACCGGCGACGUGCCCGAGCUCUGGCGUCGCAUUCUACAGCUACUUCAAGAACAACUGCCCGAACGCGUAUGCGUACGCGUACGACGACCGGACGGCGCUCCGCGCGUGCAACUCUGCUCUCCAGGCGGACUACACGCUCACGUUCUGCCCGUGA